AUGGAACUCUCAUCUUUGUUCUCGAUUCUACUGUUUUUCUUUGAAGUCAAUGCAGCUGCAAAAGACGAUGACAACGGAUUCUACAAAUUCCUUCAAGAUUCUUUCCAGGUUAUCAUGACCACAGAGUGCUCGGAAUUCAAAAUUUUCCAGAAAGAUGAAGAGUAUCGUCGAGCCCCCUUGGCAAAAAAACAUAACAAACCGAAAGUGAGUACAGAACCUGUAAAACUGGCGGAUACGGUUCAACUUCCCGGUAAUCUCCAACCUCCCGCCAACUUUCCCCCACGCAAUUCUCUUUUUAUUGCAGGAGGCUAUAAUCCACUUCCCGGCAGAACAUCCUACGGAGACUACUGGCCUCUCAUGCCGAUGUCAAACCAAUAUCACGCAGCGGUGACCUAUGAUACGUCGAGUGGAAGGGUUUGUUCGGACGGUCGACCCGACAGAUAUAUCAAAAGUGUUUUAGCAUGUUGGAGGAGACAUUCUUGUUCCUGUUCCGUAUUGGAAUAACUUUCUGAACAUUGGAGGCCAUUACAUCGAACGUUUCCAGGUUUUGAAUGAGAAUGAAAAUCAGAUUGCACACGUUUCAAAGUGUUUUCAGGAAGAAUGGGUGAAAAUAGGAUACGUGAACAGCCCUGUCAACAUGUUGGGCCUAACAAAAGAUCAAAUUGCAAGACUAUUGUCAGACCCUUUAUUGCAUUUUAACAAACGUAUGUCUAGCCAACCAGGAACUAACAUUAAAAACUAGACAACUUUUCAUGACAAUUUUCCCAGAAAUUCAUCCAAAAUUGCCGGUUGGAGCUUUGCCACGAGAGUAUGAGCCCGUGUCUUGUAAACCGCCACUUUGCAAUCCGUACACAGGAACUAUGGGUGUUGGAGUAUGAUGAUAUUUCUGAGGAGUGUUCAAGAAAAUGGAAUUUCAGGUUGAAGCAAACUACAGAAUUGAAGACGGAGUGGAAGGAGAACUUGACUUGCCAAUUCCUCUUGGAAAAGACCUUGCUUACAGAUUUCCUCUAUCUGGAAACAUUCAUUAUGGUGGGAGUGCGAACUUUUCGAAACAUCAAAGUUGAGUUUCCUUGCAGAUCAUGACGACACUUCUGUCAACUACGGACAGAACCUGAGUCCGCUUGAUCCACUGUUCCCAGGACUUCCAAAUGAGAAUAAAGCACGGAUUAACUAA